AUGGGAAUGCUUGCCAGUGUUUAUACCGACGAUGAAGAGAGAGGCAACGCAAUGGGAAUUGCACUAGGAGGUCUCGCUAUGGGAGUAUUAGUGGGCCCACCUUUUGGGAGCAUCAUGUAUGAGUUCGUGGGGAAGAGUUCUCCUUUCCUUGUGCUGGCUGCACUCGCGCUGUUAGAUGGAGCUAUUCAAUUGCUUGUGCUGCAGCCAGCCCGAGCCCAAGCAGAAAGCCAGAAAGGGACACCGUUACUGACGCUCUUGAAGGACCCGUACAUUCUGAUUGCAGCAGGGUCAAUCUGUUUUGCAAAUAUGGCUAUUGCUAUGCUUGAACCAGCAUUACCCAUCUGGAUGAUGGAGACCAUGUGCUCAAGAAAGUGGCAACUUGGUGUGGCUUUUCUUCCAGCCAGUAUCUCUUAUCUUAUUGGGACUAAUAUUUUUGGGAUCCUUGCACACAAAAUGGGAAGAUGGCUUUGUGCUUUACUUGGGAUGAUAAUCGUGGGAAUAAGUAUUUUAUGUGUACCAUUUGCUAGAAACAUUUAUGGACUCAUAGCACCAAAUUUUGGAGUUGGAUUCGCCAUUGGAAUGGUGGACUCUUCCAUGAUGCCAAUCAUGGGCUACCUUGUAGAUCUGCGACAUGUGUCCGUCUAUGGGAGCGUGUACGCGAUAGCGGAUGUUGCCUUUUGCAUGGGGUUUGCACUUGGUCCCUCUGCUGGUGGUGCCAUUGCAAAAGCAAUUGGAUUUCCGUGGCUCAUGACAAUUAUAGGAAUCGUGGAUAUUCUUUUCGCUCCUCUGUGCUUUUUCCUUCGAAGCCCAUCUGCCAAAGAAGAGAAAAUGGCAAUACUCAUGGAUCACAACUGUCCCGUUAAAACAAAAAUGUAUACUCAGAACAACACCCAGUCCUAUCCCAUAGGUGAUGAUGAAGAAUACGAAAGUGAUGAAUACCAUUAA